CACCGCAUAUCCCAAGAUCUUGAAUUGAAAUUUCAUUCAAGAGCAAGAAAAGAAAGAAAGGCAUAUAGAAGAAGAAGAAAACAAAUCGAUGGAGAAAAAAUUCAAUGUCUCGAGUGAUCGUGUCUACGACGAAUUUGAGCCCAUGGCACGGUGGACUCCAGAGCCUGGAUUCGAAAAUCUCACUGUUUAUCUUCCAGGGUUUAAGAAAGAACAACUUAAGGUGCAAGUAACUUCGACAAGGAAGCUGAGAGUGAUGGGAGAGCGACAUGCAGGGGGCAACAAAUGGAUCCGAUUCCGGAAAGAGUUUCCGGUUCAGCCAAACGUCGACGUGGAUGCCAUUUCCGCCAAGUUUGAAGGCGUAAAUCUCGUCUUGAAGCUCCCGAGAUCCGAGCCAAAGGACAAGCAAUUGUCCUCUGGGCGAGACGGAUCAGCUUCAAAGCCUCCGGUUCAUCAGGAGGGUCCCAAGCCACCGGUGCAGCAGCAGCAGCAGCUGCCUAAGGCUAAAGGGAAGGAAACCGAAAAGGUCCAAGAGCGGCCGAAACCUCUGACGGAGAAAGCGGGUCUGAAAGAAGAAACUUCAGAGAAGGUUCCUAUGCCAAAACCUGCAAUGGAGAAACCGUCAGAGAAAGAAAGUGGGACCGAGAGGGAAGAAGGAUCUAGAGACGACGAGAAGGUGAAGGAGAAGGAGAAAACGUACGAAGGGACUCAAAUUCUUCGAGGGUAUCUGAGAGAGAUGAAGAAUAAGAAGAGAGCGAUAUCGGUGGGUCUGGUUGUCGCUGCAUCAAUGGUGGUGUUUUCUCUUGGGAUAUUUGCCGGCAAAAGGCUUUGGUGUUCCUUUGAAGGGUGAUACAUGUAUUGCCACAAUAUUGCUUGUUUAUGUAAUAAUAAUAAUAAUAAUAAAUUUGACGAUUUCGUGAAAAAAA